CCAUAUCCUGUGCUGACAGCCAGCCCCUCCCAACUCCAUGGAGGGAAGUCACAUGACCCUGACCUGUGAGAUCCGGGAGACCCAGUUCCCUCAGCAGAAGUCAGUGGUCCAACUCCAGUUCUGCUUCUUCAGAGAUAGCCAGGUCCUGGGAUCAGGCUGGAGCAGCUCCCCAGAGCUCCAAAUCACUGCAAUGCGGAGUGAAGACUCAGGGUCUUACUGGUGUGAGGCAAAGACAGUGAUUCACAAUGUCAUAAAAAUGAGCCAGAGAUCCUGGAUACAUGUGCAGAGGGUCCCUGUGUCUGGUGUGAAUCUAGAGAUUCAGCCCUCUGGAGGGCAGCUGAUCGAAGGAGAAAAUCUGGUCCUUAUCUGCUCAGUAGCUAAGGGUACAGGGACUAUCACAUUCUCCUGGCACAAAGAUGGAAGAAGAAGUGUGGGUAGAAAGACCCAGCGUUCCCUGGUGGCAAAGCUGCAGGUCGGCUCUGUGAACGAGAGCGUCGCAGGGCGCUACUACUGUGCAGCUGACAACAGUCACGGCCCCGUCCACAGCAAAUGGAGUACAGUUACCGUGAAAAUUCCUGCGUCUCGUCCUGUCCUUACCCUCAGGAUGCUCAGGGCCCAGGCUGUGGAGGGGGACGUGGUGGAGCUUCACUGUGAGUCCCAGAGAGGCUCUCCCCCUAUCUCAUACCUGUUUUAUCACAAAGACGUCAGUAUGGGGAGCAGCUCAGCCCCCUCUGGAGGAGGAGUGUCCUUCAACCUCUCUCUGACUGUAGAACAUUCUGGAAACUACUUCUGUGAGGCUGACAAUGGCUUGGGUCACCAGCGCAGUCAGAGAGUGAGUCUCAAUGUCACAGUUCCCGCGUCUCGCCCUGUCCUCACCCUCAGGGGUGCCAGGGCCCAGGCUGUGGUGGGGGACGUGGUGGAGCUUCACUGUGAGGCCCUGAGAGGAUCUCCCCCAAUCCUGUACUGGUUUUACCACGAGGAUGUCACUCUGGGGAACAGCUCAGCUCCCUCUGGAGGAGGAGUGUCCUUCAACCUCUCUCUGACUGCAGAACAUUCUGGAAACUACUUCUGUGAGGCAGACAAUGGCCUAGGGGCCCAGCGCAGUGAGGUGGUGAUGCUCAGUGUUACAGGGACCUCCAGGAACAGAGCAGGCCUUAUCACUGCAGGAGCCAUCGGGGGACUGCUCUGCAUCCUUGGCCUUGCUGCUCCUGCCGCUCUGCUGUGCCACUGCAGGACCCAAAGGAAAUCAGGGGGACUUUCUACCACUGGAACAUCUAGUUAUAGUCCCAGUGAGUGCCAGAUGCCUUCCUCAUCCAGUCCCUCCGGUAGAGACCCCCAAGAGCCCGCCCACCAUGAGCCACUAGACCUACUGGAGCUGCAACCAGUGUACAGCAGUGUAAAUCCUGUAUAUAGCACCAUAGUUUAUUCCCAGAUCUGGAGCUUACCGCAUACAACAGAAAAUUCAGCGAAUUCACCAAGAAUGCAUCGGGAGGAUAAGGAACUUGCAGUCUUUUAUUCAGAAUUGAAGAAGGCACCCCAAGAUGAGUCCACAGGGCAGGCCCAUGAAGAUGACACAGAAAACUAUGAGAACGUCCUAUGUGUACCAUUGGCCUUGGACCACUAG